GGGCCAAAGUGUCAGUGGCGGUGAGUAGAGCGAUCGCCGCCGGUGUACCGGCUGGCGAAUUAAAAUGUAUCCACCUUUGAAAUCGCCAUAAUCGUCGAAAAUCAUUUUAAAUACACGAUUUAAUAUAAAAUUAUCUAAGAAGUUACUAGUUUCAUGUCAAUUGUUGUUUAGUGAGUAUGUUUAUUGUGGUUCCAGUUGAUUUAAGGAAAUUAUAAUAGCAGAUAAUUAAUGUACAAUGCCAGACUGGACAUGGCUGCUACUGGCGGCGCUGUUCGGAGCGCUGUCGGCACUGGCCGUGCCCGUGGCGCUUCUCAUCUACUUCGUCAGGCCUUUCGAAAAGAAACCGACCAUAGAGGAGCAAUGUUCUAUGCCAGUUACCUUGCCACCGGAGAUCCUGAACGAGCUGACCCGCGGCGCCGGCAGCACCCCCGAGGGCGUACUGAACGCGAUGCUGCAGUUUAUCUUCCAACAGAGCACCGCCGACACGCGCUGGUUACGCCGCCGCAUGGCCAGCGAGCUUGCCGAGCUACUCGCCAAGACCUCCUCCGGCAAGAUAUUUGAGUCCCUCACGCUUCGGUCAUUAGAAGUGGGCACGGAGUUUCCGAGCAUAGCGAAUAUGCAGCUGCUGAGCGGAGAGCUGGAGGAUGACGGGGCACGGCUGCGCUCGCUCGAUAUCCGGUUUGACCUCGCCUACGACGGCAACUUCAGAAUCGAUGUAGAUGCCGUUAUGCUACUUGGCAAGAUCGCUAAUAUAUCUAUCACAGUGGAGAGCAUAAGUGGCAGCGUGCGGCUGAUGUUCCGACGUAAUCCGUACACACACUGGGCGUUAGCGUUCGAGUCGCAGCCCAAGCUGGAUCUGCGCGUGCGGGGUCGCUUCCAGGGCCGCCAGCUCAAGCCCCGGCUGGCCUCCCUCGUUGCAGCGCAUAUCAGGCGAGCGGUCGCUCAACGACAUACGCUGCCUAAUUAUAAAAUAAGGUACAAACCAUUCUUCCCGAAGUCGGAGCCGGGCAGCGGGGAUGGAGAGGAGGGCCCGACGCCGCAAGGUCGGCUCACGGUACGUCUGGUGGAGGUGACGCGCUUGCAGUGGCCCGGCGGUGCCGGGCUCGUGAGGGCAGCGCUUGCUGUCGACUCACAUGGAUGGGUAAACAAUAAUCAUCAUAGUCACCAUUCCAAUUCGCAUAUUAUUUUAAUUUUGAAUCUUAAUCAGAAUAAACUGAAUAAAUCUCUUACCUAUCUGUGUACACGGUGUGUACAGGUGUCAUUACGGCGAGGCGUAUUGGUGCUAGACAUAGUGGUGCCCGCGGUGACAGGUCCGCUGGGGUUGGUGUGCUGCCAGGGCGUGGGCGCGGUGCUCGUGGACACCGUGGUGCCGAUGUCGCCCGCCUACCGUGCGGACCUGCGCCGCGACGACGUCGUUCUCGCUAUUGACAACAAACCCGUUAACAAUGUCGCACAGGUGGGUAAACUUCUUCGCAGCGUGGAGCGUCGGGCGGUAACAGUGCGUGUGCGGCGAGGAGGUGCGGGGGCCGCAGGAACCACUGGCGCCCGGCGGGAGGACGAGCCGCGCAGGCUCCGCACAAACUUCUCCUUCCGACGGGUCUCAGAGGUGAUGGAGGGUGUUCGACUGCAGAGCAUGCGUGCGGCUACCUCCAGAAACAAUUUACUGGAAACUGAUUCACCAGCCAAACUAUCAGAUGCAUCAAGUGAAGUAGAUCAAAAACAAAAAUCGGAGUCAGCGAAGCAGACUUCCAAGUCUACGGAGCAGGGCGGUCCGGGUAACUUCGGGCUUAGGAAACGAAGAUGCUCCGUAGAGAAUAAAUCAUCAGAUAGUUCCGCAGGCAGCACACCGCCCGCCUCCGGAGCCAGCACACCUCUUAGACAAGCGACAAUCAUCAACAAAAUCGUGAAACAUCCUGACAUACCGAUUAUAAAAACUGACUCCUCCGAAUGCAAGCCUGAUAAAACCGAAACCCUGGAAGAAGAAGAGCAAAUAUUUGAAACGGGCGGGCCGCGACAGAGCGAGCACGUCGAAAUCUGCCAAAUGUUUUGGACGAAAAGCAUCCAGCUCAAACCGAUCAUACCUUUCGAUGAAGAGACUGAUUUUAAACUCAAUGAAAAUCAUAAAUAUCUCAACAUUAACGUGUGGGCGACUGUACCGGGCGAAAAGGAUGAGUUGUUGUUGGGUUAUUUGAAUAUACCUCUAGCUGCUUUACUAUCGGAAUGUCAAGAUUCUACAGUACCCCAUCAUAUGAAGAGAUAUCAGUUCCUACCGCCAGAUGUCGAUAUUAAAUUCAGCAAAAGCCACAAGCUAUCCUCGCAUGCCGGCUUCGAGCCGUGCCUCUGCUUCGGGGACGCGCUGGUGUGGUGGGAGUGGGAGGGUGCGGGCGGCGCGCGCAGCUCUCCGCGCCCCGCGACCCGCGGUGCUGCCCCGCGCCCGCAGCACGCGCCCGCGCGCGCCGCACAUGACUUCGUGCGCACGCACUUCCAUAGAUCAACACAAUGCGACUUUUGUAAUAAAAAGAUAUGGCUUAAAGAUGCAAUGCAAUGUAGGAAUUGUGGCCUAUGUUGCCAUAAAAAAUGCGUCACCAAGUGUCAAGAAUCAUCGCCCUGUAUACCAAAACAAGAGCAUGAUCCUUCAUCCAACAGUGGCUGCUCGCCCCCAGAACUUAUCACGACAGAGCCUGACUCCAUGCCGGAUCCCGACUCAGACGAGGAAGAAAAGCCUGAUAGAAAAGACUCCCUAGAUGUUCAUGAGGAAGGUGGUGGUGCGAUGAGCGCGCUGGUGGCAGGCCUCAGACGCGCCGGGUCUGCACAUUCGCUUUCCGCGCCAAGAACCAACGCCUCCUCGCGCUCCUUGCCGCCCUCACCAAGCCACACGCCCAGGAGGCAGUCGCUGGAGGGGGGCCCGUUCGGAGCGUGCGCGGCGGCGUGGGCAGCGCGGGGCGCGGGCGCAGCGGGCGCGGCUGCGGCGGUGCGCGCGAUGCUGCGCCCAGCGCUGCGCAGCGCACUGCCGCCCGACGCGCUGCUGGCGGCCGCCAGGGACUGCGCGCCUGACCUCGCCGACAAACUCACCGCCACACAGAUACAUGAAUUGCUGCAGGCGGUGCGUGAGGAGCUGUCAGCGGAGGACGCGGGCGGGGGUAACGGCGGCGGGGAAGCGGGGGAGGAUAAUGGCGAGGGUCGAGCGUGCGCGCUUACGGCGCUCAUGCUGCACUGCUGCGCGGCAGCACAGCUGGCGCAGCGAGCGGACGCCGCGGAUCCCCCCACCUGAUACAACUUAAUAUAGUGACAUUCAAUCUACGUUUGUAUUUUUAUUUCCUCCU